UACAGAUGUGAACGAGUGCCUAAACCCGGCACUCCAUGACUGCGACCACAUCUGUGAGGACGCAGCGCCCCCUCGCUUGUACAACUGUUCCUGCUACAACGGUUUUACCUGGGACGAGGAGCAACGAAAGUGGUCUGAUUGAUAACGCCACAAGAGGGUGCGAGUGUGGAGACCCAACAAGGAGUGUGUGUUACAGCCCUGAAGGCGGGGCCCAGGAGUGUAACCCGCGACCAGGAUACACGAUGGAGAACGGCACCUUCAUAGACGUGGCCGAGUGUGGCGACAAUGUGGGCGUGCGGGCGUGGUGCGGGAGAGGCGGUGUUUGUGUCGAGGGCGUGGGGAAGUCUGUAUGUCAGUGUUCAUAUGGCUACACCAAUGAUACACUCAGUAAUGGGGAGUGUGUAGGUGUGGUGUGUGCAGAAGGCCUGGAGCUCUCCAGCUCUGGCUGUCAUGAUCCCUGUAGAACUGGGUGUCCCCCGCCAUUUUCCUGCGGUCUCACAAGUAACAGAGGGACAGAAUGCAAAUGUCAGAGUAAGUGUCAGGACCUGCUACAGACCGGUGACACCACCUCCAGUAUCUUCCACGGCUCCUUCCUUGCUGCUUCCGUCUCACAAGACCUCAUCAGCACCAGGAGACUCCUUAAAACCCUGGAGACGUGCCUCGGCCAUCACACCGUCGAGAUCACCUCCGUAGAUGUGACCACAAGUCUGAAGCGCUCCGUCCCUCAGUUGACCUACCAGAAGGUGCAGUUCCUCGUGUCUACCAGGCAUCCCAACAUGGCCCAAGAGGUGGCGGAGGUCAUCAAGAAGCAGUGCGAGGCGCCCUUCAACAACCAGUCCACCUUCUGCGUCCUGCCCGGGGGUCUGGUCGUCAAGAAGGACUCCAUUACCGUUGCGGAUAUAAACCCGUGCGAGGAGGACCCGUGCCCGGGGGAGGUGUUCCUCUGCCAGCCCCUCAACAACACCAGCGGCAGGUUUAAGUGCGUGUGCAGGCCGGGCUUUGUGAAGGUCACCCUCGAGGGCGCCCCAGACUUCUGUCAGGACAUGGACGAAUGUAGGGGUAACUCAAGCAUAUGCAGUGAAGACUUCGACUGCAUCAAUACACCGGGGAGCUUCGUCUGCAGGUUAAAGCCUGAGUCUCAGGAACAUAGAGGCAAGGCGGAGAGGGAGAUGGCCAUAUCGUUUGGGGUACUCUUCUUCCUCACAGUCUUCAUUACCUGCGGUCUGGUCUUCCUGUUGAUGAAGAAGAAUAGGAGCCGGCGGGAGCUGGUGCCCAUGUCCACCACCACAGGCUUCGACAACGAGUCCUACCUGAGGUAACCGGUCCAUGAGAAGGCUGACAGAACCCUCCGUCCUACAUCCCGAAGAGAAAAAGCUUGGAUGAGCAACCAAUAGAAAUUGGAACAAAGUGCCGAGACUUGCAGGGGAUACCAAUGUAAACUGAACUAUAGAACAUGGACGCUUGACGGGGGAACUAAACUGAACAGAAAGAUGAAAAUGGGAAGCAUGCAGGGGGCAUACAUAGAAAUUAAAGCCGUGUUGAGACUUGCAAUGAAUAAUAUAAAUAGAACGAUAGACGAUGAAAGCUUGAAGGGAUGGAAUUAAUAGAAAUAUAAGAGUGGAAGCGGAAAGCUUGGAAGGUUUGACCAACAGAAACAGAAAGUUAGAAGAAAAUUUUGAAGGGUAUCCCAUAGAAAAAUAAGGGUGCAAGAGAAAUUGGAAAAGAGACCAAUGAAGGGACAGAAACGGAGAAAGAAUAAAGCAUAUAAGGUAAUCAUCAAGAGUCUAAGACAAAAGAGCCAUUGAAGGUUACGUACCAUUGGGAAUUUCGAACCCCGACCCUGCAUGAAUCGAGGCUGUUGCUCUUCUGACCUUCAAGUAGAUGAACAAGCUAGAACACAAGGCACAGACGGAGAAGUAUUCACAAAUGUGGAGCAGAAGGAAGUUUAAUGACAUAUGGAUACGUAGCAAAUACUAACGCAAUUCCUGACCGAAGCAGCGACGUUGUUGUUAAUGUUAUUGAUACAGCUACUUGGACCAAACGUUCCAUAGUAGAAACGUUUGAUUCACUUAUUUAUAAAGUAGCACAAACAUAAAACAGACAAAAGACACAAUUUAGGAAAUAUUUAUGCUAAAACUGGUUAAACUUGAAGAAAUUAACAGCAUGCUGUUAAUUAUUUUUAAUAUAAAAUUGUGUAAAAUAUUGAAAAAAAAAAUUGUUUACAUUAAGUUCUAGUAUAUCUAGUGAUUAUGUUUCGCUUAGUGUUAUUCAAUGAAGCCAAAAGUGCGUGGUUCACAAAUAGUGUAUAGAUACUAUGUCUGCCAUGAAUCAGUAUGACAGUUGUCAUGACCCAGCAUGACUGACAGACGUUUGUCAUGACCCAGCAUGACUGCCAGCACUGACAGACUUCCAUUAUAGUAACCGAACUUGACAGCCGUGUUGGACCAAUGUAACUUCUAGUACCUUAACGCCUCUCAAGACUUUGUAUAAUAGCUUUAAAGAACCUUUAAGCAAUCGAGAACAGUUACAUAACGUCGGAGAGUGCAAGGGAAGGCCCGACACUUCUUGCCAAUAACUCAAGCAGUUUCUUUUUAAUGACGGCAUUAAAGCUGACACGACCACCCCCGACCCCCAUCCUCUCAAGCAACUGUGUCUGCCUUGAACUUAAGUAGUCAUACAAAGUGUUUGUAUUAAGUCUAUGCAGUUUUUGUUGUUCUGGUACAGUCGUAUUAUCUACCAGAGCCUGUGCUAGGCUACGUUAUACUUGAAGACUUUCGUGAAAUUUGAGCUGAAAAUGUUUAUUUAAUGUGCCAAUGGUUGUGGUUUCUUGUCCAUUAUGUUUAUAUCCAAUAUUGUGAGAUUAUAUACAUAUAUUUAUAUUUAUAAAUUAGAGUGUUUGUCCGAGGCUGGAGGCCAAACGCUUGCUGUUAGCCUCAUUCAACUUUACCCCCUGAUUCCUGUUCGGUGUGUUCCCAAUAUUCUUAAAGUCGGGGCGCCAGAAUUCACAUACACACCCCUACGGUGAUUUUGCAGUGACAUCGGCGCCCGUUUCCUUAAAUACUUUGAAAGGAAAUUAGUAUAGCAUUUUAACACAUUAUGCACUGAUAUAGGGAAAAUUAACAGAAAUAGUUUGUUCAUCAUACUAUGGCUGUGAAGGAAAGCCCUCCUAUACCAUCUCAAAGCCAACGGGAAACUAUAUUAUUCUUUCCAUUUGUCAUUAUUUAUAAGACAGAGAGAGAGAUUGGGCACUGAAAGACAGAAAUACACAGAGACGGAGACAGACCUACAGACAAAGAAACAGAGAAAAGAGGACAGUCACGUGAAGACAGAAAAACACUGACAGAUAUAGGGAGGCCUGAGUCGACUUGAACACCAUUAGUUAUCACACCUUGUGAAUAUAUUUAUACAUAACUCUAUGACCCGAUCAGGGUUCGAACCUCUGUUGCCUGGGCUCACCACCUGGCGAACACAGCACUAUAUAGCCCCUUCACUAGCGAUCCUCUUAUAUAUAAAUAUAUAAUACUUAUAGUGAAACAAAAAAAUGUACACACCACCAUUAUUCAGUGGCAGGGAGAAUAUGUUCCGUACACUGAGAGUAUGUUUAGUCUUGGGAUAUGUUCAGCACUUAUAUACUCUUGUGGCCAAUUGGACUGUAAACAAUUGUGGAGGCCUUAAUAAACCUUGAUAAACAUUAAGCCCAAAACAGAAUCAACUAUUUUGUAUUAAUCAAUUAUUUUUUAUAAUAAAUGGAUUAGUUAUACAUAA